AUGGCUAGUAGUAAAAGUAAGAAAAUACGCCCAUUACUUUUUACUGUUUUAGUAAUAAUUAAUUUACUUAUAACACAAUCAGCAUUAUUUAAUAAUUAUAUUAAAACUAAUUAUACAAUGAUCAUAAAGUACUUUACAGCUGUAUUAUCAGUCUCAUAUAAUUAUGUCUUAUGUAUUAGUAGAUUAUUACGUACAUCACCACGUGCAGUGCCAGAACUGUUCAAUAGUUACACUGAAACCAUCACACACAUAACAAAAGAAUAUUACAGUAUUAUUAUAAGCUUAUACCAUGAACAUUCACAAAUAUUAUUACAUAAUGCAUAAUAAAUAAC